UUAAAGGUGUCAUGGCUCUUCUCAGGCUCUCACCUCGGGCCUUCCUCCCUUCCCGUCGUGCACCAUGCCAGCCCCCCAGCAUUCGACAAUCCAACUCUCCCCGUCUUCCCAGAUCUUUGUAGAUAAUCGGGCGACCACACUGGGUGCUUGGGUGAUCGCUGGGUUCUUUGACGCUAUACUUCUGGGUGUAGUUCUGUGUCAAACUUCGAGCUUCUUCAAAUCCUACCGAAACCAGUCUGGGAUUGGCAGGCAUUAUCGUUGGCUGGUCCUCGUGGUGGUUUUCUUGUGUGUAUUGAAGACCUCGCAGGCCAUUGGCAUCGUCUGGGUCCAAAAUGUGCAUGAUUUCGCGAACCCCGAUGUCGCACAAACGCUUGUCGCCAAAGCGUGGUAUCAAGUGAGCGCCCCGACGAUGACCGGCAUCAUUGCCGUGAUCGUCCAAAGCUUCUUCACGAUGCGGUUCUACAUGCUUCUUCGAAAUCUCUGGGCGUGCAUCCCCAUCGUCAUCUCGAUGAUGCUCAGCUUCGCCGGUGUCUGCCUCUCGCUGAACUCGAUCGUGAUCGGCGACGCUAAAGCCAAAGUGAUGUGGCUCUUGGUCCACCUCGUCUGCACUUUCUGCACCGACUUUAUGAUCACCGUCGGAACUUGUUUGGCACUGCGGAAUCGCAACUCUGGGGGACUGGCGUCGACGGCCAGUCUCAUCAACAGGUUGUUGCGCCUCGUUUUUGAGAGUGCCAUCCCGCCUACGAUCGCUGCGGGUAUCGAUUUGAUUAUGACGCAGACACUCGGGCAAAAACAUUUGCUAUGGCAUCUUGUCUUCAACUUCGCGCUCAGCAAGCUCUAUGCAAUCAGUCUGCUAUACACACUCAACUGUAUCAACGAAUACCGUAAAACACAGGCGAUGAGCGGUGGCCUGAGCUCGUCGGGCUCGCGCGGUGUCUCGCACGGGCGCUCAGUCAAGCGAGGUGACGUUGAAUUGGGAAAUCUGCGUAAAACAGAACAGGUCUUCGUCCAGACACAGAUCGUCACCCACAUCUCGCCAUCACAGGGCAGCAUCGAGGUAAUCACCUUCUUUUAA